AUGGAUGGCAUUUCCAUGUCCUUCAGGACUGUGAUGCUGUUUCAGAUCACCAACGGGACCUUUGUGAAUGUACUCCUGGUGUUUUAUAUGCACACGGUAUUCGUCAGCUCCAUGUUCAACACCUUGGAUAUGAUUUUCAGCCACCUGAAGUUGGCUAACACCAUGAUUCUUCUCACUCUUGGAAUCCCGGAGACCCUACCGUCACCAUCAACCCCGAAACCCCCCCCACCGGCCCGGAUCAAAGCCAGGUUACCCAGCGGUGUCAUCCUCUCCUUCCCCCUGUCCUGGGGCCUUAAUCUGCUCGUAGAUUUAAGUAUGUCAAUGUACAUGCCAGGCCCCAAGAACAGCAGCAGUGUUAAACUCGUGCUGGACCUCAAAUAUUGCAUAAAAGUCAGUGUCAGCGCAAAAGCCACACUGCUCAUCACCAUCUUAUUCUCCCUCCACGACUUGUUCUUCAUGUGGCUCAUGAGCGCGGCCAGUGGCUACUUGGUGUUCGUCCUGUACAGACAACACCGGGGGGUCCGGCACUUCCAUGGUCCCAGAUGUUCCCCUGGGGCGAUGGCCGAGGUCAUGGCAGCCAAGAGGGUGAUGGCCCUGGUCACCUUCUAUGUCCUCCUCUACGGGUGGCAGUCCAUCAUGCUGAGAGUUAUACUCAACAUAAAAGAUAAAUCUCCUCUGCUGGUGAACUGCCAAAUGGUGUUAUAG